AGCAUAUAUCUCCAAAUGGCGUACCUUGCAGUUGUAAACUUGACUCUCAUAGAUCUUCCUGGAUUGACCAAGUUUUUUCCUAACUGCAUUAUAUUGGCUAUAUCUCCUGCUAAUCAAGAUAUUGCCACUUCAGAUGCCAUUGAACUUGCAAGAGAGGUCGAUCCAUCAGGCAGAACAUUUGGAGUGAUAACAAAACUUGAUCUAAUGGACAAGGGAACCAACGCUUUCAAUGUCCAAUUGUACGCUAUUUUAGAGCUAUGUCGUGCAUUUGAAGGUGUAUUCAAGGAACACCUGGUUGGAGGAUGCACUUUGUUUUGAAAGAACUUGUACGGAAAUCAAUAGCUGAAACGGAGAUGGGCAAUUCAAGAAAGGAAAUGUAGAUGAUUCCAAGAAGUAUGAGUAAAAUGCGGGAUGGAGGGGUUAGUCUUGUUGUGGCUGCAUACGGAGUGGUGAUCUCAGGCCUCUGUAAGAAUGGUCAGUUAAAUAAAGCAAUGCGGGUCGUUACAGAUUUGGCCAUGUGUGGUUUUUCUUCAGAUAAGAUGUUGUUGAUGACCAUUAUGGAUGCAUGUUUCAAAGCUGGGAAUUUAAAAGCAGCUUCGGGUUUCUACAGAGAAUUGUUAGCCAAGGGGUUUGAACCAGAUGCUGUGGUGCUUCAGCUUUGAUGGAUAGCUUAUGCAAGCAUAUGGGCAUUUGGACGAGGCAAGAGGCUGCUUUUGCAAGAAAAGGGCUAAUGAAUUUCAUAUACUGUGCUCAUUGAUGGGAUGUGUAAGGAAGCAAACUUUAGUGGAGUUGAGACGAUCUUCAGUGAGAUGUCCGAGAUGGGGUUUAUUCCAGACAAAUAUGUAUACACUUCUUGGAUUGCUGGGCUAUGCAGACAGGGUAAUCUGGUCGAGGCUUUUAGACUCAAGAAUAAAAUGGUUAAAGAGGGCAUCAGACCUGAUCUGUUAACUUAUAGCUCACUUAUUUUUGGUUUAACAAGCAAGGGACUCAUGGCUGAAGCACAACAGGUUUUCGAUGAUAUGUUGAAAAGAGGAAUUACUCCUGACUGUCACGUCUUUGGUAUUUGAUAAGGGGGUAUUGUGAUGAGGGUAAUGACGUUGCCAUUUUAGGUUUGCACAAUGAAAUGAGAAAGAGAGGGCUUGUAGUCACAGGAGGUAAAGGAGAUGGAGAGCAUUUGAUUUGUGAUAGCAUGUAAGGCUCCACAAGAACUAUGGACUUUGCAGGGUGUUCCAUAAAGAAACUUUCUGUCAUGUACCGCAGGCACACCCUGCAUUGCUAUCCAUUAGAAAGUUGUCUUCAAAAGGGGAAGCUGGCUCAGAGUUCGUGCAAUUCUGGAACUAUUGGAAUGUUCCAUCUGCGGUCCUCGCAUUGGUGUGGAGCAAGGACCUCCGGUUCUAUGUGCCUUGUUCUGUGACAGGGCCUUCAAGGCUUUUCCCGAGGCUUACUACUCGAGGGAUGCAAUAACACAGGUUCAUGCACGGUUGUGGUAGGCAUUUGAGUGGAUCUGCAAUGACAGAGUUAUGCCAUCCUGAGGGGUUUACUGUUAAAGAUUUUACAUCUGAGAGCAUGGAGGAAACACUUUGCCAUGGCGUUUAAAGCCGGUUUGACUUCAUUGCAGAUUCAUGGAAGGUCUCACAGUCGAAGGUGCCACAGAGUGAGGAAAUGCCAGUCAGCUCCAUGAACAAGCUGCUGUACCACUAUCUAAUAAGAAACUUGAAGCCAAGAUGAAGCAGAAAACUGCUAGUGUCAAUUUACAAGAGCUGCAUCCAUAUUGUAUUAGCUCUUCUCUCAGUAAAUCAUGUAUCAGUGGAGUAUCAAUUCGGAUAUUUUAAGUACUGGGUUCCAGGUUUUCUUGAUGGCAUUUAUUCUGACUUGAUAGAGUUAUCAAUUGAUGAUAUUUUAAGUA